AUGUUCUGCAUCAGUCUGUACGCCCGCAGCACCUUCAGGAGACUGGAGCCGUGUCUGAGUGAUCACACGCAGGUCCGGUGUGGGGGACAUGUGGAUGAGAAGUCUGUGCAGACUGAUGAUUGGGACCAGGUCAGGGGGCCGAACAUGGACCAGGCCCGGGGCUCUGCUGCAAGAGCCCGGCUGCCCAGUGGGGAUAUUUUGUGUCGGAUUGAGCACGCUCCAUUGGAGACUUUUACCUUCCCAAGAAACAUGCUAAAACCUGGAGAAGAUAGUGGGGCUUCAUCCACAGAGAUGGAAGCGGAGAGUGCUUCUGUUACUAUAGUGUGA